AUGUUAAUAAAAAUUGGACGAUUAGAUACAACAUUUCAACAAUCUAACCAAAGAUCAAUAACCAAAGGAAAAUAUCAUCAACAUCCACAAACGGCUAAAAAUUUUCUUAAUGAAUUUGCAAGAUUCUAUAAUGUUGGUAUUGUUUACAGUGAUGCCAAUAUACAACCACAAGCUGAAUGUUUACCGGAAUUACAAACAAUACAAUUGAUUACAACUGCCGUAGGUAAUAAUCAUGAUUUAUAUUAUCCACAUUGUAUACGUUUACCACGUUGUAGUGGUUGUUGUCCAUCACAACGAUUAAUUUGUCGUCCAAAAUCAAUAAUCAAUCGAAAUAUAUCAAUAAUACAUAUAAAAUAUUCAAAUGAACAAAGAAAAUAUCGUUUUAAUAGUAUUAAAAAUAUUUCAAUUGAAUAUCAUCAAAAAUGUGGUUGUGAAUGUAUACAAAAAUCAAAUGAUUGUCAAUAUGGACAAAUUUAUCUUGAAAAUGAAUGUCGUUGUGUUUGUUCAUUAAAUGAUCGUUUAAAAUGUUUAAGAAAAAAUCAAUCAAACAAUAAUUCAAAUAAAAAAAUAUUACCAACAUUUCAUCAAUGGAAUGAAAUUAAUUGUCAAUGUCAAUGUAGAUUACCAUUACCAACAACAACAACAUUAACAAAUCAAACAAAUUCAAUAUCAUUACAUCAAAAUUGUCCAUUAGGUUUACAUUUUAAUUAUGUAAGCUGUAGAUGCGAACAAAUCGAUAUUAGAAAAUUGAAAAAAUCUAAUUCAAUCAAUUCCUAUUCCAAUUCUACUUUGUCUUCUUCUUCGUCUUCGUCUGCAUCAAAAUUGUCAUUGUUAUCAACAUGGAUAAAUCGAUCCAUUACCAAUCAUCAUAAUAAUCGUCGAUCGAAUGGUGUACAAUAA